ACUGCCUCUUCCUGUUCCGGUUGUUCCUGUGUUAUUGUAGCCAUGUGCGAUCUUGUGUGUACUGCCUGACCUGUACUGUAAUCUGGAUGACCAGUUCAUGUCCAGACUAAUAUGGCCAGUUUAAUAAAGAGUCCUGUUUAGUACGAGAGUUAGCCUGCUGUCAUAUGUUUAGCUGAGAACUAACUAGCGUCUGUUUAUUCGGCGAUGGCUGCGGCUCUGUGGCGGCUCGUGAGGCGGGUUUCUCCUCGUGUUCUGACCGCGACAGUCUGCAGAUCCGCCGGCCACAGAAGCGAUGAUUUCCUGCAGAAUGACGCGCUCCGGAGAGUCGUUAAACGCGCGGUUGACGAGCACCGGACCGUUAGUAGCCGUCUGGAGAGCGGAGCGGUGAGUGAAGCCGAGCGGAGAGCGUUAAACCGGCGGCUGCUGGACGCGUCAGCGCUGAUGGAGGCGUUCGAGGAAACCCAGCUGCUGGGCAGAGAGAUGGAGGACCUACAGACACUCAUCCACAACACCAGUGCUGAAGACCAGCAGAUGCUUUCUCUUCUGCGAGACGAACAUGAAGAGCUGAGCAGAAGAGUCGAGCAGCUCCACAAGCAGCUGAUGGAGACUCUGGUUCCCCCUGAUGAUCUGGACAGCAGAAGUGUCAUCCUGGAGGUUGUGUCAGGACGAACAACCGGAGGAGACAUCUGUCAGCAGUUCACCAGAGAGAUGUUUGACAUGUAUCAGGGCUUUGCUUCCUAUAAAAACUGGGACUUUGAGCUCUUCAAUUACACUCCAGCUGAAUACGGAGGUCUCCAUCAUGCCUCCGUGCGUGUCUCCGGCGAGUGUGUUUUCCGCUGGCUGAAGUUUGAGGGCGGCACACACCGAGUGCAGAGGAUCCCUGAAGUGGGUUUAUCGUCCCGCAUGCAGCGCAUUCACACCGGCACCAUGACGGUCAUCGUGCUGCCGCAGAUGGAGGAGGUGGACAUUGAUAUCGCUCCUAAAGACCUGCGGAUCGACACCUUCAGAUCUCGCGGUGCCGGCGGUCAACACGUGAACACCACCGACAGCGCCGUCCGGCUCGUACACCUGCCCACAGGAACCGUGUCUGAGUGCCAGCAGUUCCGCUCUCAGCUGAAGAACCGCGAGACGGCUCUGCGUGUGCUGCGUGCACGACUACACCAGUGCAUGAUGGGACAGCAGAGGGAGCAGACACACACCGCUCGCAGGCUGCAGGUGGGUACGCGGGCUCAGUCUGAGAGGAUUCGCACUUACAACUUCACCCAGGAUCGAGUGACGGACCACAGGAUUGGUUUCGUGACAAGGGACAUCAAGGAGUUCAUGCGUGGAGCUGAAGGUCUGGAGGAUUUAUUGCAGCUCCUGCAGGAGAACCAGGAUAGAGAAGAACUGCUGAAACUGCUGAAGGACAACAGCUGAUACACACACACACACACACACACACACACAGCCAGACAUUAAACACAGUUGUGAACUCAGUGACGCCGUCUGAAUGGGAAAUGUUCAUGUUUCCUCAUUAGAUCAUUUGCAUAUUCAGUUCUGAGUGUCCUGAUGCAGUUUUUGCUGUUACUCAUGUCUCUGAUGGACACAGGAGAUCUGCUGACACAUCAUCAAUAUUCAGCUCUUUCUGGAGCUGUGGACUGACUUCUCUUAUUUUUCAGUUCAUAUUUUUAGUUCAUGCACCCACUGUAGGUCUACAGGAUGAGCCCCCAAAGUCAAUCAGACUACAUUUAACUUAUUUAACUGAGACUUACAUUUCAACUUAAUUAAAUGUCUUUCUGUCUCCUGGUUUGGAGCUGUACUUAUUCAACUAUAUCACAGAAUGAGUGAUCAAAUUAAAUGUGAUUCUGUCUAAAAUGAUGGAAAUCUGGUCAUCAACAGUGUAAAAUCCGGUGGGCUGAAGGAUAAAGAGUUCAGAUUACAGUAAUGAGCAUGGUGUUAUUGAUUUUUAGUCUUUUAUACGUAUAAAUAAAUACUAGAAUGACAUGA